AUGGGCCCGAGCCGUGCGCGAGGAGGAGAGGAGCCCAUGGAGGGUGUCGAGGAUGCGGGUGGUGAACCCCGAGCACCCAGCGCAGCGUCGAGGAUGAAGGACGUUCCAAUGGAAGGGCCAGAAACGGGCCCCCGGGGCGGCUCGGUGUCGUACGCCACGUACCAGGGCGCCGCGAAGCUGAAGAAGAGGCCUCGGCCCAACUCCAAGUUUUUCGACGACAGUGGGGCGGAAUCCGCUUCGGCCAGCGAGGCGAACAACUCGGAGGAGGCGUCCCAGUCGGACGCCGCGAGGAGUGCGAACGGAGCGGAGAGGAGCAAGGUGCUGAGGAAGACCCCGGGGAGGCUGCCCAGGGUAAAUGGCAAGGAGGACGGAGAGGCCGUCCGCUCUCUCAAGGCCAAGGUGACGCUGGCCGCAUCCGAGCAAGGGACUGCGGGGCAGGCGGCCGACGGCCAGGGACAAGGGAAUCAUCCCAAGGAGGUGGUGAUUGAGGAAACGGAAAUUGUGACAAUCGAGGAGAUCGUGACACCCAAGGACAAAGUGGGCUCCGGCUUGUCGACAAUUUUUGACAAUGAGAAUUCUCAGUCCGUGAAAACGCAGAUUUCGCAGCACACCAAGACCAAGAAGACAGUGGUGGUUCAGGGCAAUCGGACAUCUCAGGUGACUUCGUCAAAGGGCAGCUCACCUCCGUCGAGUCCGAAAGAGAAAGAUUCUGACGCCGCGAGUGGUGUGGGCAAGGCGAGAAUAAACGUGCGGGACCGUAGGUCUAACCCAUUCACGGGCAGUGACAUUAACUCCAGGGCGUCACCAAAAGCCACCGAGGAAGCGAGUCAACGAAGCCCGGUUAUCUCUAGAAAAAUGCCGACGUCAAAGCCCGCGGAAGCCAAACCCAUUUCGAAACAGGACAAAGUCCUCUCCGGUGAUUCGGAGACCAAACCCGAGGGCGGGCUGAAUUCCACGCAUGAGAAAGCGUGCAACAUGCCAGAGGAAUGCGCCGAUCAGAAAGCAGCGCCCGGUGUGGCAGAGUCAGACGCUACGGAGGGGGCAACGCAAACUCCAGCGAGCGGCGGCCGUCAGCUCACCGGUCGUGGCGAUGACAUGGGCGCCUCCCUGCCCAUUCAGGGUGGCGCAAAGAAUGGGGGAGAGGACCCGGCGCCUGAUCCCGCGGCACCCGAGGGCGAAGGGAAUGUUGCGGGCGUCUUGCGCGAGCAGGAUAAUCGAGCGGAGCUGCCAGCACCGGAUCGCGAGCGCGUGGGCGAGAGCUCCGCCGUGCCUCCAGGGUCUGAGAGUUCGGUGAAGAAACCCCGAACGGUUGGGGAGGGUGUCUCUUACGCCGCCGCCGCCACCACCACCACCACCACCACCGUCUCAGGUUCGGACACGCCGCGUUUGGGCGUGCCUGUUAACGCAAACAAAAAUGUUGAUCGGUCGUCGGCAGCGAAUCAAUUAAGAGACGGGGAGAUACCUGAAGCGGCGGCAGCAGUAGCAGCAGGCGAAGUCUGUGCAGCGGCUGCCGAGAAGGAAGCAAAAAUGGACGUAAUAAUUGUAAAGGACCUUUGCAGUAAAACCGGUUCUGGUACAGAAGUCAUCUCGAGCAUCCUGGAUAUUAACAAGGUCGCGACAGUUGAGCAAACACAAAGCCUCUUGAAAGCCAGCGCUGCUGCUGAACCAUCACAGGAUAUUAAUUCAGUCAAAGUAGACAUUCCCACACAAGCCACACAGACUGGUGAGCCUGCAGCACCAAGCAUGCCUCUGCUCUCAGAUACCAGCAGCAGCAGAAAUGGAACUCACGCUAAAGUCCAAGGAGAACCUUCACGACAGCAUGUUGAGGCAGGUCCCAUGGAUGCCGAGCAAGCUGCGAGUGCAUCGCUAGGAAAUCCUUCGUCGGGAGUGGAGGAAAAAGCACCGCAGCCAUUGCAGUCCCCGGAUAUGGGCAGCACAGAGAGCUCGACCUUCACAAAACCUGGAACGCAGUUUGAAAAUAUUACUGAUGGACAACAGCAACAACAGCAGCAGCAACUUCAGCAGCAGCAACUGCAGCAACCGCAGCAACCGCAGCAACAGCAGCAACCACAGCAACAGCAGCAACAGCAGCAACAGCAGCAGCAGGCUGUCAUCAACGUAGGCACUACGGAACACGUCGAGGUCAGUGCAAGUAACCACGCGUUACCUGAUGGAGGAGGCGCCGGUGAAACUACAGCCGAUGGGGCGCCCUUGGUACCACAGAGCGCGGACGACGCCACCGUCCCGAUCGAGCCGACAGGUUUUCAGUGUUACCUGCCGAGGCCUUCGCCGAUGGAGAUGUGCACCGAGGUGGAGGUGAUCGAGAACAUGUUCCAGGACGGGACGGCAGCGCCAGACGCAGCGGACAACGGGGGGCGGCCCUCCCGGCAAAACCCGGCAUUUGAGCAGUUUUCUCUGCUCUCGCCCAUUAAGGAGGAGGACUUGGAGGAGGAGGGGGGUGACGAAGAGUCGGCCGGGGCCGCCAGAAGGCAGAAGUAUUUCCCCCCGGGGGACGUAGCCCUCGCGAGCAGGAGCCCAAAGUUGUCGCCGCUAGCGAGCGGAUUCGGCGAAAGUAAAGCCGCUUCCGGAGUCGCCGAGGAGGACGGGGGUGGGGGAAGGACGAGCGAGCGUCCGCAGCCGCUGGAAGACCAGCAAAAUGUGAACCUUUGGUCCUUGAAGAGCGGCACCAAGUCCGAGCUGCCUUCGGUCGACUUCCAAAAGACAAAGACGAUGAACUUCUUGAAGGAGCAGAUCAAAAACCGCAGCUUGAAGUCCAUGGUGGGCCACCAGAGCCUGCACAACGGUUUCGGCAAGGACAAAGCGGGGCAGCUCAAUGAGGAAGGUGAGGGCAAAGGUGAAAGUGGCGCCCCGGGCCCGUCCCCCCACAACAAAUUCUCGAACUUCUACAAGCAGUCCUCGCUCUCGCUGAAAGGCUUCGACGCCGGCGGUCUGGAACCGCGCAGCCCGGUGCAAACGUCGGAACCCGCGGACGUCUGGCCAAGCCCAAGACUUCCCGGCGCCAGGGCGGCGCACGAGGGAGCGGAUGCGACGAGGGUGACAUCUCCCAGAGGUGCGUUUGCCCCUGGCGCGUCUGCGCUUUCUCAGCUCGGAGACAUUGGCACAGUCGGCAACGACGGUGGCGGCGUGCCCGCGCUGCCACCACCGCUGAGCGGCUACGCUUCGGCUGCUGUCCAGAGUUUCGAAGGGAGCAGGCAGCAGCAGCAGCAGCCGGGCUCACACGGGGCUGCCCUGGAGCUUGCGUCUCCCUUGAGGGAUAUGACCUCCGCAGCCGCUCUCGGGCGCAAAGGAUCCGGGGGCAGCGACCUCCUGCAAGAAGCCUUGCCGGGUCCCGAGCAACUGCUGGCGUUCGGCAGCUUCCCCGACCAACCGCAGCCCGGCAUGUUCCCGCAGGGCCCCACCAACGGAGCUCCCCAAGAUCCGGCAAUGGAAGGAGAAAGACACGUGAACCCAAGGCCGGGCAAGAUGGUGAUUUUCUACGAGCCGGGCUUUACCGGCAAGAAGAUUGAGCUGUUCACGGACGUUGCUGACGCGACACCGUGGGAUCUCCCCGCCACCAUCUCGCUGAGGGUGGUGCGAGGCGGGUGGCUUGUGUAUCGCGAGCCGGGCUUCACGGGCGAGUGCUUCGCGCUGGAGGAGGGAGAGGAAGAGAUGACGGAUCCGUGGGGGGAGAUGCUUGCAGAGGAGCAAGGGUUUGUGGGUGGGCCCAUGGCGGGGAGGAUCGAUCAGGGCAAGGCGGAGGAGGAUGGCGAGCCCAAGGAGCCGAAGAUCGUCAUUGGGUCCAUCAAGCGCGUCGUCAAAGACCACUCCAUGCCAGAGAUCGUGCUCUUCUCGGAGGAGGAGUUCCGGGGGACAGACAUCAUCGUGUGCGACGACGCGGAGAAGGUGGAAGUUUACGGAAUGCAGCCGACCGUCUCCUCCAUCAUCGUCAACUCUGGCGUGUGGCUGCUGUACCUGGGAUUCCACUACAUGGAGCUCAUCAGCAUCCUUGAGCCUGGGGAAUACCCCACGAUGGAUUGUUGGGAUGGGAUCCAGCCUCGCAUCGGAUCUCUGCGGCCCCUCAAAAUGGGAGAAAUCAAAGUGGAGAGGCCGAAUGAAGCGAAGGUGAUUUUGUACGAGAAGCCGAAUUUUGAAGGGCAGCAGAAGGAGGCGUUUUUGGAGAUUUGCACACUGGGCGGAGUCUUCGGGGAAGACUCUCCCGGGAGCGUCGCUUCCAUCCGCGUCAGGGCCGGAGUGUGGGUUGGUUACGAAGGUCCUGAUUUUUCCGGUCGGCAGUACAUCCUGGAGGAAGGUGAAUACCACAGCUGGCAAGAGUGGGGAGGCUGCAAUGAGACACUUUCCUCCAUAAGACCCAUAUUUGCUGACUUUGCGGAGCCGCGGGUGGUGCUCCUGGAGCUGCCCGGCUCGCCCGAGGGCCGAGAGUUGAGCGUGGAGGGAGACUCGUUGACGGACGUAGAAGCGGUCGGCUACGCGCCCACCACCACCUCCAUCUCCGUCGAGCGCGGCGUGUGGGUCGCGUUUGAGCUCGAGGACUUCAUGGGCCAGAUGUUCGUCCUGGAGAAAGGAUAUUACGCAACACCGGCAGAUUGGGGUGGCCAAGGUCCCACUCUGGCCUCCAUUAGGCCUGUCCGACUGGAACGAAGUGUGGAAAUGAGUUCUAAAGCCAGGAUGGAGGUAUACUCGCAGAGAGAUUUCUCAGGGAUGCAUCGCCCCGCGGAUGCCGAUUUUAAGACCCUGCCCGAAGGCUGGUCCACGGUUGGCUCCGCGCGAGUGUUGAAGGGCUGCUGGGUCCUCUACAGCAACGAGGACUUCUCUGGGAGGGAAUUCAUUCUGGAGGAGGGCUGCUACUCAUGCCCAGAAGCAUUUUUCUCACUCGACGCUCAGAUCAAGUCUCUUCGGCCAAUUCCUAUCGUCUUCUCGGAGCCGUCCAUCAGCCUCUUCUCGCACGAGGACCUCCGUGGCCGGGAGAUGGUGCUGGAGGAGGCGGCCCCGAGCCUGGAUGCCCUCGGCGGUGGAGGCUGCGUGCGAUCGCUGCACGUCCAUGGCGGGCUUUGGGUGGCGUUUGAGUUCCCUAACUUCCAAGGGCGUCAGCUGCUGCUGGAGCCGUCGGAAACCCCCGACUGGAAGCAGCGGAGUUCCUGGGGCCGACUCGGUUCCAUCCGGCCCCUGAAACAGUCGGGUGUGUGCGUGCGUGUUAGGAACCAGGGCCAGGACGGCGUACUGACUGUGAAGGGGGACCUGGCGGACCCGCGCGGCGUGUCCGUUUGCCUUCUCCCUGAUUGCGGCAAAUCCACGCAGCUUUGGCUCUUCCAGGAUGGAUUCCUGCGUAGCUUGGCGAGCGAGGCAUGCCUGGAGGUGGUGGGCGGGAUGGCGCGCGAGGGCACGCGCGUGGUGCUGUGGCCAGAGCACGGCAAACCGCAGCAGCGGUGGUACAUCGACAGCGACGGCACCAUCGGCAGCCGCCUCCGUGACGACCUCGUGCUCGACGUUCAGGGGAGUGGGAUUAUCGACAGGAACCAGGCGGUGAUCAUGCUGCGGAACCAGAACAGGCGCUCGCAACUCUGGCAGCUGGAAGUCCAGUAGCGGUGCGGCACAACUACGACACGCCUAACACCGCAGCAAAGUCCCGUUUGCCACCGCCGGCUGUUUGUGAAGCCGACGCAGAGAAAGACGCGCGGCGUUCUGUGCUUGAAUGCUUCUUCGAAGACGCCAGAAGUUUUUGGGUGGACGCAUCAAAGAAGAUUUUUUUUUUGCGAGUGAGAAUGCGCCAUUGAACUUGACACAUGCAAUGUGGGUUCUGUUUCCUUUUUCAGAAUUCCAAGCUGAACCCCCCCACCUCACCCCCGGUCAACUUUGCCAGCUUAACCCUUUACCAUUCCCAGAUGUCUGCAAGUUGCAGGGUGGGGUGUCCCCUUCACCUGCUGAAUCUCCGAUAUGCGCAAGCGGUUCGGUGUUAAUUUCAUUUAUAGAGGCGUAGUAGCGCCGCUGUUUUUUAAGACAUUUUUCUGUACUCACCGCAGAAAACCGUAGCAACACGACUGCACUCUACGAGAGCCGGCGUCAAACUAUGCCACACACGCCCUCCCGCGUGGCCUUUUUACUUCCGAUUCCAUUCGGAAUCGAUUUUGUCGCGAUGACGUACACGUACAUAAUCGUAACGUAAUCGGAAGAAAAACCGACGACGUGCACACGCACACGUACGUCAUCAGAGCGGGAGAGGGUGAACAGGCAACAAGAAACGUGAGCCAUUUUCCUUGCACUCCGCGCGUUGAGUCGUUGCCACAUUACCCCACUCAUAUCUCGUGGGGGGAAAUGUGUAACCGAUGACGUGCAAGCAUUCACUACCACGCGGGGAAUUCGAAACCAGUCGCGAGCUGUGGAGGAAAAAAAAACAUCUACCAAGUUGUUAAAUAAGAGUGAUAAUCUGGAUAUGACACAGGCGUCGGGAAGUGGGGGGGGGGGUAGAUGACACUUGCCUGUGCAGGCGAUACUACCCGCGUGAUAAUGGCAAAUGCACUCUGAAAGGUCGCUGAGCUGCACAAAUGUCCUCAUGGCGUAGCACCAUUUACAGUGGCAACAGCCCAACAGGGUAACCAACUUGUAGGACUAGUUCGCAAAAAAAAUUACAGCAAAGACGUAUAUUUGUCAAUAGGCACAGCACUUUAAAACCACACGGAACCUUCUGCUCUCCAUUGGCCACGCAAGCCACAGUACGGCAGCCCGGCUGCAGAGCAUUAGGGGAUUUCGCCAACUAUGAUAUUAAUUUUAAAAUCUUCCGCAUGCAAUUUGAAAAAAGCAACAACCUGCAAUUGUAUGUUUAGUGUUGUCAGCCAUUCCACUGCAGCAUCCGGAGUGAACUAUAAACUAAACUAUAAACAAUUUUUAUUUUCCGGGUAAGGCUCACUGAGCUAUAUAGCUCUUUAUCAGAAACGACCUGGCCACAAACGGUAGCUCAACCAAGUGGCAUGCCGCGGUAUUUUCGUAAUUAUAUGAAAGGAACGAACCUCGUGCCCCCUCCGCUCUCCAUUGGCCAUGCACGUUGCAGCCCGACAGCCCAGCAGCCGCCACCCCUCUGCCCUUUCAAAUAACCUUGAUCGCGCAUGGGCAGUCGGGCAGACGGACAACUGAGACGCAGACACACAGAUACGGAUGCACUCGCGCGGAGACGCGCAGAGAUGCGCAAGAGACAUAAGGUUCACAUUUGUUUUAUUACGGAGGAGUUUGGGGGGGGGGGGGCAUGGCUCGAUCCGCGGUAUAUCUGAAUCCACGGUGUCGUGAGCCAUGUUCUAUCGGGCAUUUACUGUACCGUUGAUUUGGCUUCAAAACCCAUGUGAUCACUUUGUGGCGAGAGGGUGCCAUGUUCCUGCUGAUUUGGGAAAAAUCCUACUAAACCCACGCCAAGGUACAGACCCGUGAUAUAUUCUUGAUUUACAUGUUGUACAGCCCUGUUUUGUUAAUCUACUGCUGGAUGAUGGCUUUCCCACGCCAUGCAGUUCAUAUGUAUUGUUUUGGCCAUACUUCACCAUGCUGGUCAGUGCGGCGAUGGUGGAGCAUAUGACCGUACAACAGUGGGUUUUGGUGGAGCCCUGCAGGAGCCUACAAUCCCGUUUUCACUGCAGCGUGGUCACCCAAACACGAUCCAACUUUAACCCUACUUAGCUUCCGAAAUCUGCUGAUAAUGUCGUCGAUGGUACUCAACCCCAUUCAAGAUAUCAACACCGGCUUUAUGACAGUUAAAAAUGCGUGCUGCGUGCUAGACCUUUAUCACCGAUUCUUUAAAAUUGUGGUCGCCACUUAAGAGCAUUUACAAUUCCCAGCAACAUGGCUAAUGUGCUGGGUACUUAUCCAAAUGCGAGCAAAUAAUUGCCGAGUCAAUUUCCCCCGGAGCAUUAAAAAGAAACCAACUGUGCGCCCAACGCAAAUUCCAAUGUAAAUGACGUCCUGUGAGUCCUGCCAGCCGGAGCGUCAUUGUUGUCGGUAAAUGUCACAUUUAAUCACACAAAAGCAACGGCUUCGAAUAACACGAUGGCAUCGAAGCAUUCGUGAUACCGACGCCACCUUUGUCAAUAUAUCUGCUUGCAGAGCUGGUGGCGAUGUGUUCGCUCGUGCGCCCUUUUGUCAUCGUGAGCUAAUUUGCAGAGGGUAAAAAUUGGCCGUGGUGCACUUUGGAGGGACAUCGCUCCUCUGCCAAACACAAAGCAAUUUGCCUUUCGCAGUAACUGUAUACCCGCGUUGGGAAACCAUUUCUACGCGAGAAUGAGAUGCUGUGCUCUCCUUUACAUGUGGACAUGUUGGCGGGUACACUGGUGCAGCGUAACACAUCAGUCCUCGUAAAACCAUUCUAAAAUCUAAAUUUGAACUGACAUUCUUCCGACUGCUUCGACCUCACGAGAUCUGAUUUUGACGCUCGCCACCACCCCGCAAGAUUUUCUCACCGGGGUUGCAAAUCGCCGGGGCAAAUAAAUGAAAGAAAUCAUUAUCGCCCAAAUAUUUGUUUUUGUAUACCACGCACCAUCGUUCUACCGCCAAUACGUUCAUGUACUCUCCAAAUCCGUGAUGAACUUACAAAAGUCAGAACGCUGGUGAAACUCGAUAUCCAAGGUGCUCUCAACGUGUAGACCUCUUUGUGUUUUUAGGCAGUAUCUUUUAACGUGCAUUCACCGAGCGAGUCCAUCGCCUUCACAAUUACUCCGCAGGCACCUGGCGGCUAUUUUAAACAGUGGCUCUGUCGGCUAGGGGCAGUGUAGAGAGUUCGCUCCCAAUGCACUCGGUCCCCCAUCGUUCGGUAGUAGCUCGUGACAUGGAGAAGGACGCCCAAAUAUAUAAUGCGUUCCGCACUGAGCAACCCUCCAGGAUCGCCCGCGAAACGUUUUAUGUUUCUCUUGAACUUUAUAGCUGGGUUUUCAGACAUCGAUAGAAACGAAGCUAAUUUCCAGCAUUGCAUUACCCCCAUGACAGAGAAGCGUUCCCGAGAGGAUGAAAUGAGGUAUUUCAAGACGAGCAUGUUGUUACAUUGGUCAGGUUCGCAAGGUUUUUGUUGUUGUAUGAAUACAGUACUGUAUUUAAGUAAUGCAUGCUAUUUUCUGUAUAUUGUUUUUGUUGUAAGAGAAUUUGUUGAAUGCUGUAUCUGCUGAAAUGUGUUAUUAAAGAGCAUUUGGGGAUUUCGCCAACUAUGAAAUUAAUUUAAAAUCUUUUUUUGCGUGGUAUUUGAAAAAAGCAGCAGCCUGCAAUUGCACGUUUAAUGUUGUAUGCCAUUCCACUGCUGAACUAUAAACUAAACUGUAAACUAUUUUACGUUACCAGGUAAGGUCCACUGAGCUAUAUAGCUCUUUAUCAGAAGCUACCUGGGCACAAAUAAUAGCUCAACGAAUUGGCUUAUCACGUGGAAAUUGAUAGCAGCCAAAUACUCUAAACGCGCGUUGUUUCUAAAUGUGGAGGGAAAAACCAGAGGCCGUGACCACAAGGAGAGAGACAUGCAGACUCCAAAUAUACAGGCGUCGGGGUUGGGAUCGUAUCCAAGACCUGUGUAACAGGCGAGGUAGUUAACAUCUCGCCACCGCGACACCGAAGUGAUAGCUCAGUGGAGUCCGUUUUGUCCCACCAGAACACGUGCAUUGUAUUGGGCGGUCACCGGUGAUAUUCGCCUGGUGGUUUGCACCUCACCGCAUUCACGGUUUUGCGAGUCCGUGAUCUUCCAUUCGUGGAGGAAAUAUCCACAGCGUUAACGUGCAGGUUUUUUGGCGGCCGCUAUCCACGUUGGGUUUGCGUGUGUUGAGAACCCUUCUCAAGCUUUCACCACAUGCUGCUGUGGGAAUAUUUCAGGUGUUAAUACGAAUCUUUAUUUUCCUGGAGAAAUCCGAUAAGCUAUAAAGCUCUUUUGAAUUAGCAAAAUAAAAAAAAGAUGGAUAUGCCUCCACAUUUCUGUCCCUCCGCGUAAUUUUGUUUAAAGUCUCUUGUUUUACACAUCCCAUCAGCCACGUGGUCUACUUGGGAGUGCAUAAUUUCAGCAAAAUUUAAUUCGACACAAGCAAACUCUGGACCGGGCUUCAACAUGCAGUGGCUCUUCGGCAGAGUCAGGUUUGCUUGAACCAAUGCUGGUGACCUGUCCACUGUUUAUAAGCGAGGAACCCUUGCUGUUGGACUGUGUCCCCGAGAUUGCUUGUGGUUGAACCAAUGCUGCUGAAAGAAUACACUCAUAUGGAUGUGUGGCUUAAUGUCGAGGUAAAGAUGUGUGAAGGAGGUUUCUUGUUUGCUUAAUUAUUUUGUUGCUAAUAUUUUUUCCGCAAUGACGCAAACUGUUAGGUAAUCUCACGUGGUGUUAUUUGCCCCGUAAUCUGCUGGCUCGGUUGAACAAAGUACGAUCAGGGUCCAUGGAAUGCCUUCAUUGUCUCCUUCAUAAACACCGAUUGUUCUGUGCUCGUUUGAUCUCGGGGUGACUUUGAUGACUUAUGUAUACUGGCCCCGGUAUUGAUCUCUCUUCAGGCUAUCUGUAAUUCUGUUCCCUUUGUGGCAGAGCCACCUCCCUGUGUUUGUGUUUUAUUUUUGUUUUUGUUGGCGUGAGGAGCUGAUCAAUCAGAGUCCGUUCAACCAAGUCGGCAAACUGCAAAGCAAACGUGAUGACAGGAGGAGGCGCGAUUACCUAAAUUAAAUUCCUGAUUAUGCCAAAUGUUGUGCCUGGCAUAGCGCUUGAGAGAAUUGCUCUGCCUGGCAUAGCACUUGAGAGAAUUGCUGUGUCUGGCAUAGCACUUGAGAGAAUUGCUGUAUCUGGCAUAGCGCUUGAGAGAAUUGCUGUGUCUGGCAUAGCGCUUGAGAGAAUUGCUGUGCCUGGCAUAGCACUUGAGAGAAUUGCUGUGUCUGGCAUAGCGCUUGAGAUAAUUGCUGUGUCUGGCAUAGCACUUGAGAGAAUUGCUGUGUCUGGCAUAGCGCUUGAGAGAAUUGCUGUGUCUGGCAUAGCGCUUGAGAAAAUUGCUGUGUCUGGCAUAGCACUUGAGAGAAUUGCUGUGUCUGGCAUAGCGCUUGAGAGAAUUGCUGUGUCUGGCAUAGCGCUUGAGAGAAUUGCUGUGCCUGGCAUAGCACUUGAGAGAAUUGCUGUGCCUGGCAUAGCACUUGAGAGAAUUGCUGUGUCUGGCAUAGCGCUUGAGAAAAUUGCUGUGUCUGGCAUAGCACUUGAGAGAAUUGCUGUGUCUGGCAUAGCGCUUGAGAGAAUUGCUGUGUCUGGCAUAGCGCUUGAGAGAAUUGCUGUGCCUGGCAUAGCACUUGAGAGAAUUGCUGUGCCUGGCAUAGCACUUGAGAUAAUUGCUGUGUCUGGCAUAGCGCUUGAGAGAAUUGCUGUGCCUGGCAUAGCGCUUGAGAGAAUUGCUGUGUCUGGCAUAGCACUUGAGAGAAAUGCUGUAUCUGGCAUAGCGCUUGAGAGAAUUGCUGUGUCUGGCAUAGCACUUGAGAGAAUUGCUGUAUCUGGCAUAGCGCUUGAGAGAAUUGCCCAAUUCUAGAUUUGAAGCUUACGUGACUGCAAGGAUUCAUACUCUUAGGUUUUUUAGGAAAAAGUCACGUAGGUUAAAAAAUAAAUAAUAAUAAAAUUUGACAUAUUAAUAGAUUAUUUUAUUUAUAUUAUUAUUUCUAUUAUUUUUAUUAUUAAUUUCUUACCUACGUGACUUUACCGAAAAAACCUGAGAGUAAGAAUUGCCCAACCCAGGAAAUCACCACUUGAACUCCAGAGAUGUUGCCACUUUUCUUUAAUCGACUACCACGUCUUUGUUUCUCUCUCUCUCUUUAGGCUGCAGCGUGGCAAGCCGUCGGAGCAUUAGCAAUUACUACGGCCGUUUUGUUUGUCAUGGGGUGGAGGUGUCUUUGACAGAAAAAAAAAUUCGUAUAAAAAGUCGCAAAAAUAUAAAUAAUCUUUGUGUAAAUUCACAAGCUGCUGCAUAAUUAUAUUAAAUGAUGAGGAUGUUACAUAAAAGGUUUUUUUUAAAUAAAUAAGCUGCUUUCUGUGUUUAGUUUGUUGUCCUUCCCCCGCACCUUCUGUUAGCACGGUUGGCUACGGAUGGUGCGAAAGAAGUUCAACACACAUAGAUAGAGCAUUGCUUUGAAGAUGCAUUGCAUUGUGAAUUUCGUUGCAACAUUUUUUAUGGACCUGCAUGCGUUUAGUGUAAGACGUUUUGCCAUGCAUGUGUUAGUUUUGAAAUUGCAUUUUCGAUUGUAAGAACAGGCACUGAUUAUUGCAUAUGCUGCUGUAGCAUACAUUCAGAUGAGCCACUCGCUGUUCACACUUUUGCUAAAGUCUUAAAUACAUUCCCUAAGCACUGUGGAUUUUAUAGAUUUUUUUUAUUAAGCGAGUGGCACAGAACACUGUUUGCAAAAUAUUCCAUCAUUACGUUACUUUAAUUUGGAGAAACAACACAUUAACCAUCAUCCUCUGAACGGGAAUUUUAGCUAGUCUCGUGCGAGUGGAGCUGCUUUUAGUCAGCAUAUCAAUGUAACCCUUAUGCACACAUCACGGUAUUUGAGUACUUUGUAAAAUGUAUAUUUGUGGGAUUGUGGUAUAUAUGUUAUAUUUUUUACAAUAUAUAUUACCCUCCUUGUG